CGGCCUCUCGCCGGCCCCUGCCGCUUCUUUUCUUCCGUCCCUUUCUGUUGGGGGAAUUCCAGCUUCCGCUUCCGGUCGCGACGCAGGCUAGAGCUGGCAGCCGUCUCCCCACUGUCCCCGCCCCACACACCCACCCUUCAGCUGCUUUAGUCGAAAACUCCUUUGCUUACAAGGACAACUUUGUCCCAAGAUCAUGGCAAACCACCUGAAGUUCAUUGCCAGGACUGUGAUGGUGCAGGAAGGGAAUGUGGAAGGUGCAUACAGGACCCUGAACAGAAUUCUUACUGUGGAUGGGCUCAUUGAUGACAUCAAGCGGCGGAGAUACUACGAGAAGCCAUGUCGCCGACGACAGAGGGAGAGCUAUGAGACUUGUCGGCGCAUCUACAACAUGGAAAUGGCACGAAAAAUUAACUUCUUGAUGCGCAAGAAUCGGUUGGACCCAUGGCAGGGCUGCUGAAGCCAGUGGAGAUUAAGAGACCUAAUGUGAAAACUCCCUCAUGGGCAAUAGCUAUGUCUCCACAGGUUUCUUUAAGAACCUAACAGUCGGGGAAUUUGCUUCCCAGUUUUCCCAGCCCUGGUUUCUCUUGCCAUCUUUUCAAUCCCAGUAUAUUCAGAUACAUAUAUACAUGCAUGCAUGCCAGGCAUUCACACUCAUUUACCCCCCUGCCAGCAAAUGAUAUCAUUAAACGUUCCUCCUUGUCUCCAUGUCUCUUUGAUGAAUGGAAAACCCCACGGGACUGGGUCUUUGCCAUUCUGAAGAAAUUGGCAGGGCAGAGAUUUCCAAAACGAACAAGUGGAAUAUAACACUUUUAUUCUGUUCCUUGAGCCCUAAUAGUUCCCAGUAAGGAAAGCUAAGGACUCCAGAUAAGAAGUGGGCCCCUAGUAUUGUUUGAAAAGUCAUCUCUUUUCUCUCCAGAAUAAUUUCCUAAAUCGAAGAAGGCUAAGGCUCAUGUAAUUGUAAUAAAGUCUACUUCCGAAGCACCAA